AUGGCAGGUUUCAAUAGUCAAAGAUGGUCUCUGAAUGGUAUGACCGCCCUCGUCACUGGUGGAACUAAAGGCAUAGGAUUUGCCACUGUAGACGAGCUAGCUGGACUUGGAGCGACUGUACAUACAUGUGCACGCAACCAAGCACAGCUGGAAGAGAGGGUUAGAGAAUGGAAGAACAAGGGUUUCAAAGUGAGCGGUUCAGUUUGCGAUAUCAACUCGAAAUCUGAAAGAGAGGAGCUCAUUAAGACCGUCUCCACUAUUUUUGACGGCAUGCUUAACAUCCUAGUAAACAAUGCCGCAACAGUUACACUCAGAAGUACAACAGAAUAUACUUUGGAAGAUUUUUCGAGUAUGAUGGGCACCAAUGUUGAAUCUCCCUACCAUCUUUGCCAACUUGCAUACCCUUUCCUGAAGGCAUCAAGAAAUGCAAGUAUUGUAUUUAUCGCCUCCAUAGCUGGUGUCAUAGCUCUACCUAGACUAUCCGCUUAUGCAGGAUCAAAGAGUGCACUGAUCCAAAUUUCAAAGAAUCUGGCAUGUGAAUGGGCAAGAGACAACAUUCGAACAAACACUGUGGCACCAUGGGCUGUAAACACUGGCGUUAAAGUUGAAGAAAAUGAUGGUCAUCUUGAUGAUUUCAGACGUCUAAUAGGUCGAACUCCCAUCGGUCGCAUUGCAGAGCCUAAUGAAAUUUCAUCGCUCGUGACCUUCCUUUGCCUCCCUGCUGCUUCUUACAUCAAUGGACAAGUUGUUAGUGUCGAUGGAGGAUUUACUGUUUGCGGUUUCUAA